GUGCCAUAGUGGGUGUCGCGAUUGUGCACUAAAAUAUCCAUUUACCUAAAGCCUUGUAAGUCUUGCAUCUUAUAAAUAUAUUCCUCAGUGCGGCUCGCGCGCGUACACUGAGAGCUGAAAGUAGUGAUUUGAGUUGUGUGCCGCUGUACAUUCGUGAAAAAAGUCAUUAAAGUUUUAAUGUGAGAAAGAAGGUGAUAAGCGUGCGUUGUGUGCUAAACUGUAGGAAUGGAGUUCACAACUAAAGAUAAGUAAUGGAGUGGAAAACGAUUGGUUUGGCAAUUUUAAUUAUAAGUUUGUGUUUUUUUGCGAUUCCCAUAAGAGUUGAGCCCGAAAAAAAUCUUGAAGAUGUUAAGUUGUUUGAGGCUUACGUUAAAGAGUACAAGAAGCCGUACAAAUCCAAUCCUGAGGAGUAUGAGAGGAGAUUCGAACGAUUUCAGCUAUCACUCCGGAAAAUCGAAAAGUUAAACAGAUUACGAAACACAGAUGAAAGUGCGCGCUAUGGCCCGACAAACUAUUCCGAUCUGACUGAGAAGGAAUUCCUGGACCUUCACCUACGCCCAGAUCUUCCCGAGCGCAGUGAAAGACACCACAAGUGCCAUUAUCAUCACAUUCAUUCGCACAAGAGAUACGAAAGAGCAGCAGCGAAAGAAUUGCCAAAGAAAUUCGACUGGAGAGAUAAGGGAGUUAUCACUGCUGUCAAGAGUCAGGGUGCAUGUGGAGCUUGCUGGGCUUUCAGUUCUGUUGAGACAGCUGAAUCUAUGUUUGCCAUUGCCAAUGGAACUCUCAAAUCAUUCAGUGUGCAAGAGAUGAUUGACUGUGCAGGAAACAGUAAUUUUGGAUGCGAUGGAGGAGAUAUUUGUAGUUUGCUCGAAUGGUUGGUGGCCACCAAAACAAAAAUAUUACCUGAACCUAGUUAUCCACUUACCAGGACGACGGAUGUUUGCAAAAUACAAAAAAAAACAACAACGACACAAGAGGGUAUCCUAAUAUCAGAUUUUACCUGUGAUAAUUUUGUCGAUGCCGAGGAUUUACUUCUAGAGCAGCUGGUAACCAAAGGACCCGUUGCCACUGCAGUUAAUGCUCUGUCCUGGCAGAAUUACCUGGGUGGCAUUAUUCAGUUCCACUGCGACGGAUCUUUCGAAAACCUUAAUCACGCUGUGCAAAUCGUGGGAUACAACAAAACAGGAGCGAUACCCUACUACAUCGUUAGAAACUCCUGGGGUCCAUCCUUUGGAAUCCACGGGUACUUGCAUAUAGCGAUUGGCAACAAUCUAUGUGGAAUAGCGAAUCAAGUUUCCUCUAUGGAUAUUGUUCAUUAAACAAUAUGAUUAAUCAGUGGAUUUGAGAUGAUGUGCCUAUUUAGACAUACAUUGUGAUUUUUAUAUUGCGGUCCAAGUAUUUUUAACGAGAUUUUGUAAUUUGUAAAAAUAUUAUUAUAUUGACAAAAGAUGAGAAAAGCAAUAAUACUCUUCCUUACACCUACAAUAAACAAGUAAUAUGCGACUAUACAUUCUAAAAUCCACGCUAUUUCAACCAUUGUCAUUUAUGUUGUUUUUUUUGUUGAAUGGAUGAUUGAUAUAUAUAUAUAUGAUCGACACUAAUAUAUAAUAGGUAACGAUCGAUUAAAGUUUAUAUGUAUAAGAUAAAACAACCAAAAAUGGUAGAGAUAGGUGUAUUUUAAAUACAGAUUUUUAUGGAUACAUAUUUAAAAAUUUCGUCGACAAAACACAGUACAAGCAAUAAAUCUUUUAAUGCGAGACAUAUA